AUGCAAAUCCGUACUGUUGACGGCGGAAUACUCGACGCCGACGAGCAGCCCGAAGCAGUGGUGCGGGUCAUGGGCGAAGACGGCGUCGUGAUCAUCUGCCAGCGCUCCAACAUCACGGUCCGCAUGAACUCACUCAACCGCGUGCAGGCACUGGAGUCCCGUGGGGAUCUGGGAUUCACAACCUUUGAGUUCAUGGAUAAGGAGAUCUUUAUGUCUUCGGCCGUUGCAAAAAUCCUCUUCCUCCUCCACGGCCAGUAUAACAUGGGGACUUCAAAACUGCUCAUACCGGUCCCCCGGUUCGAGGACACUGCGGUGCGGAGCUACAAUGCAUAUGUCGCGACGCUCUUCGGCGGCCCGCAGAACGGCCAUGUCACGUUCCAUCUGACCGUCGAUACGGCCAGCCAGCAGCGCAAAAUGGUUACUCUGAACGGUGGAGAUAUUCUCCUAUGCACCGACAAGAUACAGCGAACGAUUCCGCAAACCCGCGCCGAUACUGCGUUUGUGUCGGAGACUUUCUAUUACCCGCCGCAUCUGCCGAAUGUACGGCUGGAGGAGAAUUUGGUGGCUGACUACAUGGUAAAGAGUGGAGGUGAGCUUCAGAAGGAUCCUGUUAAUGGUAAUGUGGUUUGGAAGUAUGAUAAUUUCAUGAUGAGGGAAAGAGGGAGUGCGAGUGCGAGUGUCAAUGUUUAUAGCAAUCAAUGGUAG